AUGUCAAUCAAAAGUCAGACCAGACCUUCCAAGAGGAAGACAGAUCAAUCGACUGACAACACGUCCGUCAAAAAGCUCAAACAACAUCCGUUUCAUCAUGAUUCAGAGCACAGUAUCACCAUCAUUUCCUAUGACAAUAUCGAAUUCAAAGCUAGUCGUUCUCGUCUUGUACAGACCAGUCAAUUCUUCAGAGAUCUGCUUGAUAUCCCUGCACCAGAACAUGAGAAUCAAAAACCAAAAGCUCAAAAACCAAUCCCCCUGGACUUCAGGUCUUCCAUCAUUUCAGCUUUUCUUGACCUGAUCAGUAGUAGCUCGUACAGCAUUGAAGGAACUAGAUUCGCAUUAGGUAAAAUCACUUCAGAGCAAGUUCACAAGUUGUACGGGAAAAAACAUUCUAAGUAUCCAACUGUUAAAACCGGCGUCCGUGGACAAAUUGCAAGAUUACCUCAAACGUCUUCACCUGGUGUUUUUUUGGCGAACGACUGGACUAGUAUAGCUGAGAGUUUCGACCCACCAAGAUUCGAAGGAAAUUCAAGAGACGACAGUACUUCGGAUAAUAGCGAUGGUCCGAAUACAGAUGAGGAUGAGGAUGAGGAUGAGGAUGAUGGUAGCUAA